AUGUCGUCUGUGAAAAUAAAAGAAAUAAAAUCUUUGUUAUACAAGUUAAGGUUAAAUAUUGAUCAAAUACGAGAUUUGAUAGAAGAAAGAAACAACUUAUCAAAAUUACAUUUAGAACCAUCCACUAAUGACAAUUUUGAUUUAAUCACACUAUUUACCAAAACUACAGAAUACUUCAAGUUAGUGGAUGACUAUUUAUUGAAAAACAAGAAUGUAGAGUUUCAGGACCAAUUUGAUGAACUUCUCGAAGCCUAUAAUAAUAUAUAUAACAGCCUACAGCUGGACUCAACUAUUGAUGUAUCUGAAUAUAAGUUUGAAAAACAAACAAACUUUGCAAACCACCCAAGUAAUACUACGACAAAGACGGUCCGAUUCAAAGACAUACCGGACGAAGAAGACUCUCCAGAAUCUCAGAUGGGCAUUAAUCAGUUCAAACCAUACAAAGACUUUGAGCAAGAUAUAACGGAACAUCCACAAGACGAUCAAUAUAGAGACAUAAAUAAUCACCAAAUGUUUGCACAACAUCAACAAACUAUGAUGAGACAAGACCAAGAUUUGGAUUUUUUACAUCAACUGAUUUCGAGACAAAACCUGAUGGGUCAUGAUAUCAAUCAUGAAUUAGAUGAUCAUAUCAUAAUAUUAAAUGAUUUGGAACAAGGGGUGGACGGGUCUAGUUUUAGAUUAGCUCGAGCUACGAACAGAAUUAAUGAGUUUAGGCGAUUGGCAAGAGAAAAUGGAAGUUUGUUCACCAUCAUUAUUUUGACAAUUAUUUUGAUACUUUUGUUGAUUGUUUUGAACUGA